AAUGGGCGUGCUUUACUUUCAACACAGUGCAGUUUCAAAGAGUCAUUUUUGACUAACUGAACAAGUGUUGAGCACUUUCACGCACGUUGGUUAUGAUAAUUUUUGCCAAGGUGACUGAAAAAAAGGUGUUGAACAGUAAAAUGUUUUUUUGCUGUCUUUUAUUCUUCAUCUUACUGGGAACAGGAGGAACAGGGACAGAGGCCUUUGAAGUGUCUACUUCCACUCCUGUACUCAGCAUCCCAGAGAAUGCAGGAGCCGACCUGAAAUGCUUCUAUACUGCUGAUUUUGGGAGUCCAAGGGUAGAGUGGAAAUUCAAGGAUCUGCAGGGGUCACAGCUCUAUGUCAUCUUUGAUAAUGAACCAACUGAAAAAUACAAGGGUCGUGUCGAACUAUAUAAAGAUGGAUUGCGGUUCAACACAGUUACACGCAAGGAUACCGGGGAAUACAUCUGUGAGGUGUCCUCUGCUAAUAAUUUUGGAGAUGUAAAAAUACACCUGAUUGUGGAAGUGCCACCCUCUGUGCCAGUUUGUGGGGUCCCUCCAUCUGUAACCACAGGUUCUCAUGUGGUGCUUACCUGCAAUGAUCCCACUGGCUCCCCCCCUUCUACCUACAAGUGGUUCAAAGAUGGAACCCCACUGCCUGAAGACCCCAGCAAGUUUGUGGAUUUCAAAAACUUCUCUUAUACUGUUGACUCCAAAAAAGGCACUCUGACAUUUCCCUCUGUGACCAAGGCUGAUGCAGGAAAAUACUCAUGUAUGGCCAGCAACCCAUCAGGUCCCUCUCAGACCUGCUUAUCCCAGGAGAUGAUAGUUUAUGAUGUGAAUGUUGGCGGGAUUGUGGCAGGUGUGAUCGUGGCGCUGCUGCUGGUGAUCUUGCUGGCAUUAGGCUUUUGGUUUGCUUUCCGGAAAGGAUACCUGCAAAGUAAAACCGAGAGGUCUCAAGCUGGCUAUGCCAAGCCAACACCGAGCACUGCGGAUGAAGAGGACGGCGAGUUCAAGCAGAAAUCCUCUUUCGUUGUUUGAUUGCUGCUGGAGCAGAAGACACAUGGAGGAAGAACAGUUUGACUGAAAACUGUGGAUUUUAAAUUUUCAACACGAUUUACAGUCAUUUUUUUUUACUCUGGAUUUUUGUUUUUAUAUAUCUUCUCCAUCAUGAUAUAUAAACAUGUAUAAUUUAAAUCAGUUCUGUACAGGCUAAAAUAUAAUAUUUAUGCUUCUUUUAAAGAGAAUUCUUGUGUCUGUAUUUGCUUUGUUUGGGUCAAUGGGUAAAAAAAAAGACCAAAACACCAAAUACCACAGCACAGGUCUCUUUUCCCUGUCUGUCAUGGUUACAGGUGUUGUAUAUAUGCAGACUGCAAUUUUCUCCGGCACAGACUGUGCUCAUUAUUUCCAGAAGUAGGAUCUGGAGAGGAAAAGACAUUGUGUCCAGCCAUUAUGAUUAAUGCAACUGGGAGUAAGCCUGAAAUUUCUCCAUUUCACUAUUUUUUGGACUGUCAAUGACAGUGUCAUUUGUCAUUUACUCACUGUACAUGUCAAAAAGUAAAUUUACAAUUGUUCUUUUUAUUC